CGUGUGGCUGCUGACGCCGACAACAUGGCGGCCGUUGAGUUGGCAGGACGACGACGACGGCGGCGGCGGCCCGAGCGCGGCUGACGGCCCCGACCCGACCCGACCCCUCCACCGUCAUCGUCACCGGUACCGCCACCGGCAAGAGCGGCCGCAUCACGUCUGACUCACCGCGGUUGUGACCAGGCGGAGACCGCCUCGCCGGACGGGUGCCUCCUCAACGAGGACUCGCUCCCACAAGUGCUUCCCUCUCCUCCUUCUCCCUCCUUCUAUCUCCUCUCUCCCCCUUCUCUCUCUUCUUCUUGUCCUCCCUUCCCCCUCCUUCUCCCUACUCCCUCCCUCCUCCUCCCUCUCCUCUUUCCCCCUCUCCUAUUUCUCCCUCCCAUCUCCUCUCUCCCAUCUCCUCUCUCCCAUCUCCUCUCUCUCCCUUCUCCUCUCUCUCCCUCUCUUCUCCUCCUUCUCCCUUCUCCCUCGCUUCUCAUUCUUCUUCUCUCUCCUUCCCCCUUCUCCUCCCUCCUUCUUCUCCUCCCCUCUUCUCCCCCCAUCUUCUCCUCGCCAUGUCUUGGUUCGGGGGCAUCAGCUCGGGUCUCGGGCAGGUCGGCGGCAGCCUGUCCUCCCUGACAGGCCAACUGUCCAACUUCACUAAGGACAUGUUGGCAGAAGGCGUCGAGGAAGUGCAAGAUGCUACUGGUGAACUGCAUGUAUCCAAUUCCAAACUGAGGGACAUUGAAACAGCUUACACCACACAGAAAUCAGAGUAUGAACGGUUGAAGAAACUUUAUGCAGAUGUCGAAGAGAAAGCAACAGCAGCAGAACUCCAAAUAAAGCACCUCUCAUCUGACUAUAGAACCCAGCUACAGCAGAAAGAAGUGAUGAUAAGCCAUUUGAAAUCCAGGCAGAAUGCAUUACAGGACCAAGUGCAGAAGCUUCAGUCUGUUGCUCGGACAACACAGACAGAAACCAGUAUUACCACGUCGACAGCAUCUGCUGACUUUUUACCUGGUGAUGUGCCUCACGCUCUCACGUUUGAUGGAGACACUGGGGAUUUUGGAGAUGUCAUCUGGUCCCAACAUGAGAUCAAUAGACUUUCCAAAGAGGUGUCGAGGUUGGAGACUAUCGUUGCCCAUUGGAAAGCAUUGGCGGAGGAAAAUAAGGGCCAAGGGACUCUCAGCUCUGACCAGGAUGAUGUUUACAAGCUGCAAAAGACCAUUGAGGAGGUGAAGCAACAGCUCAGCCGGGAGAUUGAUGAGCAUCAGCAUGAGUUGUCUACUCUCCAGGAUGUACAUCAGCAGAAAAUAACUACUCUGACAAAUCGACACAGGGGCGAGCUUGCCGAAUACGAGGAACGGAUUGAGGAGCUGGAGCAGCAAUUGCAAGAUACAGAGAAAGACCAGAAAGGAACGAAUAACUCUCACGAUAAUAAUUUUAAUGGGCAAGAAGAUGUUCAAGAACUGAAAGCAAGCCUGCACUUAUUGAACCAUGAAAAAGAAGAGCUACAAAAAGAAAAGGUGGCUUUCCAACAGGAGCUCGCGAACCUGCAGGCUAGUCAGUGGAAUGAAUCUGACCUUAAUAGUCUGGCCUUGGAAGUGAGUGAGCUAAGACACAACUUGUUGACCAAAGAGAGUGAGCUGACGGAGAUAUCCAUGCAGAGAGACACGUUAAUGACAGAGUUGGAAGAAUUGGACAAACAGAAUCAAGAAGCUACUGAACAUUUAAUUAGAUCCAAAGAUCAACUGGCGCAGCAACGAAAAGAUUCCGAAGAAAAGAUCGUAAAACUGCAGUCAGAGCUGGAGAUCCUUGUGGCUGAUAAAGCAUCAAUGGUGCAAGAGCUGGAAACUCAGAGAGGCAAGCUGAGCCAGAGUGCUUUUGCACUUAAUGAGUUGCACAUGAGCAAGCAGCAGCUGGACAUGAAAGUCAAUGACCUAACGGAGAAGUUGCACAAAUCACAGGUGGACAAUUCAGGCUUGAAGGCCGAAGUCACAAGUCUGGCAAGGAAGCUACAGGACACAGAAUCUCAGCUAGCGGUGGCCAAAACGGAGUUAACCCAAGCAGCUCAGCAAACUCCAAGCAAUGUGUGUCAAGAUGAAUUACUCCAAGAUAAAGAUCGAGAAAUUUCAGAGCUGAGGAAACAGGUUUUGGAAACAAGGUGUAUUAGUGAUGAGUUGCAAACAGAACUUUACGAUCUUAAAAUCCGAAAUAAAAAACUUGUUGCAGAUAACGAUGAGGCCAACGUAACCUUGGGCAGAGUUGGAGAACAACUUGAGGAGACCGUUUUCAGUAAUAGUGAGUUUUCGAAGGAGACCAGCACUUUGCUGGAGGCAGUGAGAAUGGAGAAAGUCCAGCUGCAGUCAGAGCUGAGCCAGGCUGAGAAACGGCUGAAUGAGGAAGCACAAAAGUACGAGCAGACCAUCAAGGAAUUAACAGAGGCCCAAAGUUUAGAUGCUACGACUUUGCAGAAAGAGCACAACCGUUUAAUCAAGUCGAUCCAAGAGAAGGAUUUUACGAUUGAAGAACUCAAACGUAAUAAGCAGCUGUUGGAAUUGGACCAUGACGAAACCAAAGAAAUGCUGAAAUCUAGUUUGGAGGGACAGCAGCAGUUGACAGAUCUCCUGAAAGAAAAAGAGACAUUUGUUGAAACAUUAAAGGCACGAGGUCUAGAAUUGCAGCAAGAGAUUGAAAAGAACGUAAAGAUUUUUAGAGAAUGUGAAUCCCUGAAACACAACCUCGAGGAGAGAGAUCGGCAAUUAAGCGUGAUGAAGGAGGAGAAUAACCACCUGAAGGAAGAAAUAGAUCGACUUGGGGACCAACAGAGUAGGUCUCCGCCCAUUGCUGAACCCAAGACUCUUGAUAUAAUAACAGAGCUGGAGACUGAAAUAACUGAAUUGAACAACAAAAGGAACAGUCUGGAAGAGGAAGUAAGGCUUCACAAAAAGUCUGUGGAGGAACAAAAGCAGAAUGUUCUGCAGCUUCAGCGUUCUGCGCAGGAUCGAGGGGAUGAAGCCAAAACCCAGUGUGAGGAAAUUACUUCAACCUAUGGAAAGAUAAUUUCCGAAAAAGAUGAUAAAAUCGGCAACCUUCAGGAAUCCAUCAACCAAUUGAAAAUGCAAAGGGAAUUUCAGGUUGUUCCCACAGAUGCUCCAGUCAUUCUCCAAGAGAUUAAAGUGCAAACAGUGAAUGGAGAAAAUGGAAAUGAAAAGCAUGAUUUGUCUAAAGUGGAGAUUGAUAGAUUAGUUCAUGGUAUAAAAGAAAAGGAAAGGGAGAUAAAGUUACUGAAUGAGAAGAAUUUGGCUCUGGUUAAGCAGUUGGAUCAGCUCUCUCUUUUUAAGGAUGAAGUGGUCAAGCUAACUCACAUCAUUCAGCAGAAGAACAUGGAAAUCCAAACUCUUAGUUCCAGGGUGACCUCUGGCAUCCACGGGCAGAUGGGUGCGGAUGUGGCCUACUUACAGCAGCAAUUGCAGGUGUAUGCUAUGGAGAGAGAGCAAGUGUUGGCAGUGUUAAAUGAAAAGACAAGGGAGAACAGCCAACUGAAGACUGAAUAUCACAGAAUGAUGGAUAUUAUUGCCGCAAAGGAAGCUGCUCUUUUGAAGCUUCAGGAAGAAAAUCUGAGGAUGGUCAAUAAGGCUGCAAAUGAGGGUGAGGACAUGGUACGGGAAACGAUCCAGAAUUUGUCUCGGAUUAUCCGUGAGAAGGAUAUAGAAAUUGAUGCUCUUCGUCAGAAAUGCCAAACUCUGGUCACUGUUCUGCAGACCUCCGGAAUGGGGUCUAAUGGUCAGUCAGGCCUCGUGAGCAGUAAUCAGUUUGAAGAACUCUUGCAAGAGCGUGACAAAUUAAAGCAGCAAGUGAAGAAGAUGGAGGAGUGGAAGCAGCAGGUGAUCACCACUGUUCAAAACAUGCAGCACGAGUCGGCUCAGCUCCAGGAUGAGCUCCUUAAGCUUCAGGGUCGACUGUCUACAGAUGGAGACUGCAACUCUCAGCUUCAGAUAGACUACAACAGUUUAAUUCAUAGUUACGAGCAAAAGGAGAAGAAGUUGCAGACCCUUAGCCAAGAGCUUGCAGAGGUCCAGCAAAGCAUCGGGCAGCUCAGCAGUACCAAGCAUCUGAUCUUGGACAAGUUGGACAGUGUGCCCCCAGAACCACAAGUAGUUGCAACAAGCACUGGAAUAUUGCACAUGAAACCUUCUUCCCAUGGAAGUUCAUCAGUGGAAAACUUGAACCAAAUAAAAGAACUGCAGCAAGAGGUGGAACGUUUGAGUAAAAUAUUGGAAGGGAAAGAAGCCACAAUAGUGGCAUUUCAAAAUAGUGCUGAAUCAUUAGCACCAAAGCCAGUGAAUGGAAAAAGCGAUGUAGCUCUGGAGGUCAAGCAAAUGAAAGACAAGAACGCAGAGUUGCAAAGAUCAUUCAGGGAAAAAGAUCUUCUCAUCAAAUCGAAAAGUGAUCAGUUGUUGUCAGUUACAGGCUGCUUGAGAAACAAGGACAAUGAAAAUGAAGUUUUAAAGCAGGCUGUCACUAAUCUGAAGGAAAGAGUUUUGCUUUUGGAAAUAGACAUCCGUAAGUCUCAAGAGGAGAAUGACCAAAUAAUAGCCAAGUCCCGGGAAAAGGAAACUGAAUUCCGAGCCCUGCAGGAGACUAACAUGCAAUUCUCCAUGAUGUUGAGAGAAAAAGAGUUUGAAUCAAAUUCCAUGAGAGAAAAAGCUUCUGCAUUGGAAAAGGUGUUAAAAGAAAAAGAGGAGGGGAAGUCUGGCGAAUUAAAUCAACUGCUUUACGAAGUCAAAUCGAUGCAGGAGCAAGCAGGAAUGUUUCAGCAUGAGAGAGACCAAGUUAUGCUGGCCCUCAAACAGAAGCAAAUGGAAGCCACUGCAUUAGUGAAUGAAUUGCAGCAUAUGCGUGAUAAAGAGCAGCGUCUAAACCAGGAACUGCAGCGGCUCCGAAGCCACUUACUUGAGAUGGAGGAAUCGUACACCAAGGAGGCCUUGGCAGCCGAAGACCGGGAGACUGAGUUGAGGAGGAAGAUUACGUUCCUGGAGAAAAAGUUGGCAUCGUCUUCUUGUGCGGUGGAAAGUGCUAGCCACCAAGCCAGUCUUCAAGUGGAGUCCUUGCAAGAACAGCUUCAGGUUAUUGCAAAACAGCGCGAUGAAGCGGUGAUGCAGUUGAGUACAUCUCAAGAACAAGUCAAGCAGUACGCAAUGUCACUAACCAACCUGCAGAUGGUGAUAGAGCAGUUUCAAAAGGAGGAAAAAGCAAUGUAUGCAACUGAAUUGGAGAAAUAUCAGAAGGACAUUGCAGAGUGGAAAAAGAAAGCAUUAAGUCUUGAGAAAACAGUUGCAGAAUUAGAGGAGCACUUACAGGAAGCAAAUGCUGCUUUGGAUUCUGCGUCAAGACUAACUGACCAAUUGGAUCUUAAAGAAGAGCAGGUGGAAUAUCUUCAAAAGGAAGUUGUUGCUCAAAAGGACAUGUUGGACGAUGGCCAGAGAAAAUUAUUGAGCCUGGUCAACAACAAUGAAGGGAAAAUUGAUAAGGUUUUGAUGAGAAAUUUGUUUGUCGGCUACUUUCACACUCCGAAAAACAAGCGCAAUGAAGCAAUGCGACUGAUGGGAAGUGUCCUGGGAUUAAGGCGAGAAGAGAUUAGUCAGCUCUUGGAGAGUGAACAUCGUGGCGUUACGGGAUGGAUGACCAGUUGGCUUGGUAGCAGAGCUAGUGGAACCCAAAGUGUACCAAAUACCCCACAAAGGCCAAAUCAGCAGACAGUCUUCAACAAUUCUUUCUCGGAAAUGUUUGUGAAGUUCCUGGAAAUAGAAUCUCGACCUUCCCUUCCGCCACCAAAGCUUCCAAUUUAUGAUAUCCACCCCCUUGGACACACACCUGCAGCUAGCCAGCAAGCCCGUGGUUUUCCUGCUCAUACAUCUGGCGCAUCUGGAGCAGGUCUACUGAAGAAACCAGAGUCCAGUCCAUUCUUGGCUCCACGAUCUGCUGCUGUGCCUCUCAUGACCUCAGCAGCUGCCAGUUCCGCUGGGUCUCCGCAUCUCCUCAUGAAACCAAUCUCCAGCGCCCUUCCCACUUUCACACCCCUACCAGUGUCGUCAGACUCCAGUGCCGGGACUGUACUUAAAGAUCUCCUCAAGCAAUAAAAAAAAAACUGGAGCUAAUCCACUAAAGCACUUUAAAGUGAACAUUACACUAUAGACUACUCGAGCACAGAGGGAUCUUGUACUGUGUGCAUAAAGCUCCCAGAGAUAUAAUUGCAUAUCGUAAAUGUGCAGCUUUCAGCUAAGCCUGUGAAGGUUGCAAGAAUGUCAGCCCAAAAUCGACUUGGGGAGCGAUUGGCCCAACGAGUAGGAAUAAGUUUCCCCCUUUCCAAAAAGCUAGCUAUAAAUACUUGUUAUAAACACGCCGCGUUGCUGAAAGCAGGUACUGUAUAUUUGGCACUUAUUCGAGCAAUUAUAGCUCAGAAGGAAUUCACAGAGGCACCGAAUCUUAGCUUCCCUGCAGGAUCCUAAUGGGCCUUGUGUCGUUGCAAACUGUAAUGGCUUUUCAUAACAUCCUUCCAUGGGAGGAUUAAAGUAAAAACCUCUUCAGUACAGCUCCAAAGAAAUAAAAUAGCAGUGUUGUGUAUUAAAAGCGGACUCUUCCAGACUGUUCAAAGUCAUACCUGCCAUGGUAUAAAUACAUUUAUUUUAUCACACUGCCUUUAACUGCAUAUGUGAAGUAGCUUUAGUGGUUGGCAAGAUUUGCUGUGGUUCAUGAAUCCUGAGCAUUGAGAAGAAAUUGAAAAAUAUUUUCCCUGCCUCUUCCCUCCACCUCCCUCACCAUCCAGCUAUGAAGGAUCAAGAUCUUAUUGUGCUGAAACUUCCUAAAAUUAAGAUUAAUGACUGCUGUAGAGACCUAAUCAGAUUAUCAAUGAAAACAUUUUUUUUUCUGUUUGAAAAGCUAACUCCAUUACAAAUGAAUGCCAUGUAAAAUAAUUGAAUGUCACAGUUGUGAAGACAGGUCUUAAAACCAGUUUGUAUUCUUCAUUUUACGUUAUAACCUAUCAGAAACUUGAUUGCAGACUUCUGGUUUGAAGCUUGAAAUUAAUAUACUCUCAAUGGCUGAAUCGUCUCACCCAUUCACUGUUUGAUGAGUGAUUUUACUUUAGGCCCUCAGAGGAACAGCAGACUUUCAUUUGCAUUCCAUGGGUACACAAAAUUUUCCUGAAAAUUGAAAUAACUCUCGCAAACACCUCAUCUGCACAGUAACACCAGUUACUUCAGUCAUACCUUAAUGUAUUUCAUGUUGGUCAGUGCCAAGGGAUGUAUAAUUUGUGUGUGAAAGGCAGUGGUUUGGCAGUUUGAUGAUCUACCAGAUUUUGUAUUAUAAUUCUGUUGGUAUAAUUUAUGCAACUCUGGGUUCUGGGCUUUUGAAUUGUUGCAGGCCUUUCUGUAAAAUGAUUCUAAUUACAGCUCACUGUAUCAGUGAGAGAGAAACAAGUUAACAAUCUGCACCAUUGUUCUUUAUAUAAAUUGUUUGUCUUUUCUGUCCAUGACUUGUUUUUCAUCUGAGGCGUCUACAGAUUUAUAAGGUACAGCAUUCUUAAGCUCUAAAUUAUCCAUAGCUGAUUUGGUAUGUUGGCUAUUGUUGUACAAUAUUGUGGUUAGCUAAAAGAAUGACGUUCUUGGAUGCAUUAAAAUCCAUUAUUGUAAGCUGUUAAUAUCCA